CUUUUAUCACAUAUUUAUCGGGAUCUAAAUGUACCAACAAGUUCUUGUAGAAGAGAAUAGUAGAGAAUUGUGCUGUUGAGCUGUAAAUUAUUUAAAAUAGGCACUAGGAAAGCGACCAAAGUGAUGUUUAUCUUCAUCGCUUCAUCGGAAAAGACUGGACUCUUUUCUUGUCACUUUCCACAAGUUUCGGGAUGGGUCGUCCGCAGAUUUGGAAGCCUGUCCGCAGAUUUUUGACGUUUGCAUACAGCUAUCCAGUCAGAUCAUACAGCAUGGCAUCUGCACGGGGUGCCCUGAUAGUGUUGGAAGGUGUGGACCACAGCGGGAAGACUACUCAGUGUAUGAAGCUUGUCGAGGCACUGAAGAAACAUGGGAAGAAAGCAGAGCUUAUCAGGUUCCCAGACCGUACCACAGCCAUAGGAAGUGUCAUCAACGACUACCUGGGGAACAAAUGUGAGCUGCAUGACUUCGCCAUCCAUCUGCUUUUCUCUGCUAACAGAUGGGAAGCUGUACCUCGAAUGGAGAAGCUUCUAUCAGAGGGCACCUCUCUCAUAGUUGACAGAUAUGCAUACUCAGGAGUGGCAUUUACUGCAGCAAAGGGGUUGGACAUGAAGCGAUGUCAGCAUUCGGACAUCGGCCUGCCCCGGCCAGACCUGGUCAUCUACCUGACCCUCCCCCCUGAGGAGGCGGCCAAACGGUCCGAGUACGGAGGGGAGAGGUACGAACAGACCGACUUCCAGGAAAAAGUCGCAGAAAAUUUCAAAGUCCUACAGGAGAAGGACUGGAAGAUUGUGAAUGCAAACCAGACAAUAGAAGAACUUCACACACACAUCCUGGAGUUAGCAAUGGAGGCAGUAACUAAGUCAAGUUGUCAGCCUAUCUUACCUCUAUGGAAGCACACAGAAAAUGGCUAUGCUUAGCGGUUAACCAUUGGAACUAUGUGUAAAUGCUUUGGUUCUGUUCAGCUUCUGUAACUUUAUUCUGUACAGCAAAGGUUUUUGUGUAGUUGAGAGGGCAGAUUUCAAGAAGAUGGCAAUCAAAGAAAAUAAAAUGGAAUUGUU